GUCUCUUAUUGGAUAAGACCAUUCCAUCCCGAGGGACUGCCUUCCUUGCAGAGAGAGAGAUAGAAAGGCCUUGCUCCAUUCACAGAAACAUUGGUAUGCGAGCCUAGCUGUUUCAUUCACAUAAAGACUAAAUAAUAUUUGCCUUCAUCGUUCUGAUUCUUCUAUCGUCUUCUUUCUCAAGUCCUCUCUGAUUUAGGAGAAGCUUCUUUUAUCUCUCCUUCCUUUUUUGUUUGCUUUUGUUUCUGAGGAGAAAGCAAACGUGCUUUCCUUUUUUUCUGUAUUUGCCAGGCAGGAAGGCGAGAGAGAGAGAGAGAGAGCGAGAGAGAGACAGAUAGACAGAGAGAGAGAGAGAGAUGUUGGGAGGGACUGCAGUGCAGUGCGAAAUCUGCAGCGGCAGGAUGAGAGAGAGCGGAAGCUUAUGAAUGACUGUCGGUUUUCUUAGUUGUGUCGCUCCUGUGGACAUUUUACAUGAAUGGUUUUUGGCUUCAUGUAGAAAGACUGCUGAUCUAGACCGCUGCUCUACUGACGCCUUGCCUUGCUGUUUGGAUGAGCCUGUCUUCAUGUGUUUCUGUUCUGCGCUGAGUCAGUCUUAUCUGUUUAAUUUGAAAACCUGUUUUUAUUCUGUUUAUGAAUUAUUCACUGGGAUAAUUCAGGACAGGCAGGUUGUUAUCAGAGAGGUGAAGUAUCAUUCUACUGAUCCUUUGUCUCAGAAUGUAAAUAGAAUAUGAUAAUAUAAAUGUAUAAUAAUAAUACUGAUAAUAUAAAUUGAUAAUAAUAAUAGUGAUAAUGCAAAUUCAACAGAGGAAGGAAAAUAUCUAUUCUACAUUGUUCAAUAUUUUUUGAAUGAUAGAUUAUCAUGAAGUGUACUGAUGCGUUUCAAUACAUAGAUGUGUUAUCUAGAUGUAUUUUAAUAGAAGAUUAGGGUCUAUUUUUUGCAUUUGUUUAAAAUAUUUGUAUUAAUCUCAUGCCUGUGUCAUCAUCAUGGUAGAAUAUAAUAUUUACCUUUAUGAUGUUAUACAAGAUGUGUAUUGCUGUCCUUGUACGUGUCAUUGCAUUUCUUUUUGCACGCUCCACUGAGAACAGUAUGUUAAUGUAACAUUCCACUUGUACAUUUUGUUGCAAAUACAGAUACUAGUAAGAUUGUCCUCUUCUUCUGAAGUACUGUGGACAUGGAAUAGAUUCAUUGCCAGCGGCAUGCCUAUCACUCACAUCAAUGUUAUUUUUCCUUGUUUCCUAUUUAUCUGUCAUCACCUGUCAUCAGUAGGCUAUAUUCAGCAUCAAUUACUUAGAUUUUCCCCUUCACAGGAACAUAACCUCUUUUAAUCCCAGUCUGUAGAGGAGUUUGUUUUAACCAGAUAAUGAGGGAAGGGAGUAUGAAGGGAGACAAGUUGAUAAUCAUUUAUUAUCUUUUAUCAUCAGGAUAUAUUUUUGUCUUUGCGAUUCUCUUUCCCUUUUCCCCACAACCGACCGUACCACAGAGUAAAAUAGAAAAGCAUUCCUGCGGUGAAGAGGACAUAUCCGUCUGGGAAAUUUGAGAAUUGAUUGGUUCUAGUGUGCUGUAAGUGGGAGGAUUUUUUUUUUGUAACAGGAAGUGAUUUUCAGUGUUCAGUGAGCCUUUUGUUGAGAAGGUCUCUGUUCAGAUCUGUGAGUCAUGCUUCUGCUUUGAGCCGGUAGGCAACAGUGAGAGGAGAGCAGCAGCGCUAUAUAACUAUAUCCUCCUCUACCACGUCCAUCUCUCUCUCUGCAUUCUGGAAGCUUCUGGAACCUUUUUUUCACCUUUCCUCCAUGUUCUAUUUCCAUGGAUUGUGUUCUUCUUAUCUGUUUAUUUUCUACCAACGGAUUGGAUCAUCGCGGCGUUGGAUUUUCCUAACAGCAACCUCAGCCUCAGCAUCAAUAACAGCAGUAGCAGCAGCACUAACCCAGCUCUCUAACUUCCUCAGCAGCAGAGAAAAUUCUAGUCAACCAUCGUACAGGGCCUGCUGGGGUUACUAUAAGGCAUUUGCUAUGUUUAAGGAGAGAAGGAUAAUUUACUUGGCGGCGUUACAUCUGCCGGUGCGUUUGUAAGGCAGAGGAGGGGGCAGAGGCAGAGAAGAGGGGAAUGCUUCACCGUACCAAAUACAACAGAUUCAGGAAUGAGUCGGUGACGUCCGUCGAUGAUCUACACGGCCUCACCAUGAACCCCAAGGUCUCGGCAGCCCCUGCGUCCUCCGCCGAGCCCCCGUACACCCCUCCUGCAGCGCCAUCCGAGGGCGGCGUGAACCACCACCACCACCACCACAACCCCGCUGCCGACCCCGCAGACGAUGGAGCCACCACCCUGUGCACCCUCAUCAACAAGGUGUCCAACCUGAAAUUCACCAACUCAGGCUCCAGCCUGCUGGGUAUCAAGAGCCUCCCCUCCCACGUCAAGGACCUGACCCUCUCCAAGCUGCAAGGUGCUGGAGGCUCCGGUGGGGGCUCCGGUGGGGGCUCCGGUGGUGGAUCCAGCGGUGGCUCCAGCUGCAUUGGUAGCGGCUCUGGCUCCAGUGUGUCGUUGGCAGCCUCCGGUGGUGGUAACGGUGGUGGCAGUAGCGGUAACGGCUCCUCCUGUGGCUCAGCCUCCAGCAUCUCCCACCACCACCACCCCCCCUGCUCCCACUCCCACUCCACCCAGCAAGAGCCAGGCACCAUGAGCAACGCAGGGGGAAAGAAGGGCAGCAGGUUGGGGCUGGAAGAGAGGGAGGCUGGGCAGAGACAGGGACAUGGAGGGGAGGACUGGGGACCUAGUGGAGGAGGAGGAGGUGGAGGAGGAGGUAACAGUGGACUGGUGAAUAAAUCCUGUUCCAGAGGAUGGCUGCAUUCCAGUGAGAAGAUCUCUGGACCCGGAGUGACGUACAUUGUAAAGUAUUUGGGUUGCAUUGAAGUCCUUCGGUCAAUGAAAUCACUGGAUUUCAACACGAGAUCGCAAAUAACAAGAGAGGCCAUCAGCUUGGUGUGCGAGGCAGUCCCGGGGGCCAAAGGAGCGCUGCGGAAGAGAAAGCCUCCAUCUAAAGCCCUGUCCAGUAUCCUGGGGAAGAGUAACCUCCAGUUUGCUGGGAUGAGCAUCAACUUGAAUAUCUCCACCAGCAGCCUCAACCUGAUGACCCCAGACUCCAAACAGAUCAUAGCCAAUCAUCAUAUGCAGUCCAUUUCCUUUGCAUCAGGAGGAGAUACAGUGAGUGAUCCAGACACGACUCAUUAUGUUGCCUAUGUAGCAAAAGAUCCUGUCAACCGAAGAGCGUGUCAUAUUCUGGAGUGUUGUGAUGGUCUGGCCCAGGAUGUGAUCAGCACCAUCGGCCAGGCCUUUGACCUCCGUUUCCAGCAGUACCUCCAGUGUCCCUCCAGCAAGAUGACCUCUGUACACGACAGGGUUCUGAAUAUGGAGUCAGUCUGGACAGAGGAGGAGGAGGAGGAGCCUGCUGAACAUCCAUACUACAACAAUAUCCCCGGAAAGAUGCCACCACCUGGAGGGUUCAUAGACACCCGGCUAGGCCAGAGCAUCCAGGCUGAGCAGGCCCCAGGGGCUGGGGUGGACCAGACUUACUACCAGGGUAGACACUGUGGCGAGAUCUGGGGAUCGGACAGGAGGCCUACUGGGAUACUCGUCCAACAGGGAUCAUGUGACAUCUACAGUCUGCCCGAGGGGAAGAGUACAGUACCAAAAACGGGGGAUGUGCCUACGUACGUGAACACCCAGCAGAUCGACGCCCAGGUGCUGGCAGCCCUGCAGGCUGAACAGGACAGCAUGGCAGCAGAAGGGGCAGCGGGCACAGCAGCCAAAGAAAGUCCAAGGAAAGACCUGUUCGACAUGAAGCCUUUUGAGGAUGCCAUCCUGACCCAGUCAGCGGUCCCUGCCCUUCACAAGGCUGGAUCUGUGGAUAACUCCAGCCCCUUGUUGGUGCGCUCUGCUGCCUUCAAGGCCCAGGAGGAGCUGGAAGGCCAGGCCUGGUACCACGGAGAGAUGAGCCGACGAGACGCAGAGAAACUACUGGUAGAUGACGGAGACUUCCUGGUUAGGAAGAGCACCACCAACCCUGGGUCGUACGUACUGACGGGCAUGCACAAUGGACUGGCCAAACACCUACUUCUGGUGAAUCCUGAGGGCACGGUGCGGACAAAAGAUCACAUAUUUGACAGCAUCAGUCACCUGAUAGGCCAUCACCGUGACAACAGCUUGCCCAUAGUGUCUGCAGGAAGUGAACUUUGUCUGAAGCAGCCUGUGGGCAACAGGAAAUAGUGACGAUCCACUCACUAAACCUGACGGGAGAUGGAGUUCUGAAACUUAAACCUCCAAUCCCUCCUGAAAACCUGAAACUUGAAGAUGAAAAUAGAGAAUAUAUUAUUGUUGAAAAAAGGUUACUUAACGAUGAUGACAGUGUCUUGGAAGCUGAGCAAACUCCCGGGCCACAAAAAGGAGGACAAGAAAGAAGAAGGUUUGCUGAUAUAAAAAAUAUUUAUAGAACUGUUAUUAUUUUGUUGUGGUGAUUGAAAUGCUAUAUUUUUGAGAAGACAUAUAGGUGCAUUUGGGACAUAUAUGUUGAUUUGGUGUUUUAAAAACAAAGAAAAACAACUGUUAGUAGUUUAGAUGACAAAGCGCAAAUCGACAUCAAAGAGGGGAAAGAAAAUAGUAUUUUCGAAUAAAACCCUGAAUUUUAGUUUUGUCUAUCAAGCACAACCAGAUUUACACAGUCAUUGGUAAGUAGGAGUUACGUAGAGGAGAACAACUAUUUGAAAAUGCUGUUGUUUAUAUUGAAACUAUUUUAGGAUUAUUUGUCCUUUAUCGCAGCUAUAGCGCGACGACAUCUUCCCUUGGGGUUACUAAUGAAUCUAUCCUGUUUCCCAGACCUGUUUGUGAUGUCUUGCCAAUACCUGAGGGUGGGACAAUGACCAUAGCCCAUAGGAGUUGCUAAGACAGCACAAAUGGUUCUGUGACCAGGCUAAAAUGAAUCUGCUUUAUAAGAACUAAAGACGUGAAUGUGUUUUGCUUUACAGUAGUCACAGUGUGUUGGGGUCAGGGGUCGCAACCUUUGGCACCUCAUAGUGCUGUCAACAUGGCUUUAAAGAUACUGGGUGAAUCUCAGUUGUACUCCCUUGAUUCCUUGCAUCCUCUCUCCUUGCCCCCCCCCCCCCUCCCCUUCUCAAAACCUUCCGUUAGCCUUAUGAAAUCAGACUGAUCUAACUGUAAGUCUCUCUGGAUAAGACCGUCUGCUAAAUGACUAAAAUGUAAAUGUAAAAAUGUGACCAUGUCACAUUCUGUUUCACUUUACGAAACGUAAGCUCAGCGGUCAGUCUGGUUUCAUGAGGCUAUAUAGAUCCGAGGGGAGGACACUCACAUCUUCUGCUCCAAUGUGCUUUGAGAAGGAAACAAGGAGGGAGGGGCAUGAGGAAUCAAGUUAUUACUAUUGAGAUUGACCCACUGACAUUUUUUUUUAUAAUGAAGUACUCUUCUUGUGUCACUGCAGUCGCAUGACUUGACAAAUCUAACUGUUCCUGUGGACAUUGUGCAUAGACCUUGAACCCCCUUGGGAGGUACUUGUGUAUGCUCACACUGUUAAAAAAAAAAAGAAAAAAAAAAAUAUUUAUUGCUUUUCAAAAUAUUAUUUAAUAAUUGGUUUCUGGAUCCUUCUUUAAACUGGGUGUGUAGUAAGUCAACUAGUUUGGAGCUUCGAUCAUGCAAAUUAAUAUUCUUCACAUCAUUUCUAGCGUUUAUGGCUUUAUAGUGGACUUUUAAAAGUGUAUUAUUUGACAAAUUAUUAUCACAAAUGUAUAGCACAGUCAGAAGUUUAAAAGAUGAUCUGCGUUAACUGUAUUGAGACCAAUUCACCAACGUGUUUUAACGUAAAUCACCGACGGGAGGUUUAGACAAAUCCUCUCGAUGUCACCUAGCGCACACUCUUAAUUAGAUAAUACGGAUAUUAGAUCACUUUCUCUUGUGUAACAAUAUUGAUGAUAAAUUAAUUCUCAUUUCGCAAUGUAUGGAUUUCGAGAGGUCUAUUGACAUCACAGAAUGGUCAUCAAGUACGGAAAAACUGACUGAUAGAACCGUUAAAUUGGCCUUUUACCUAUGCAUUUAGACUGAAUUUACAUAACUAGGAAUAGUUCAAUUAUAGUUAUCAUGUUAUGUAGCAUAUGUUACGUAUUUGUUAUAUAACUAUUGUGAUAACAUUGUAAUAAAAUAAAAAAUUAUGAAUAUUGGAGUUGUACGGUACAACUUAUUUAAAUUCAACCACUUAAUCUAUACAUUAAAUAAUUUACAAUUCAUAUUUCAAACUUUUUAUUUAUUUAUUUUUUACAGUAAUUGCAUAGGUAAAACAGCCAUUGGGAGGAGAAGCUUGUUUUAGCCUCACGUUCGUGCAUAAGUACAGAAACGGAAUACUAUGACCAUUAACAAAACCUGUGACACAAAUGGGAUGCGUUUCACUGUUAGAUAAUGAUGUGUAUAGGAUUGAACCGAAACAGAACCUGUGUUUCCAGUUCAUUUGAAUGACAAGAAGACAGUUAUUUAUGAUACUGUAGGCUGCCUGUAUUUCGCAGGAAGAGGAAGUGUACGUGGAUCUACUCUCACAACUGUCUUUAAAUAAGUCUUACUCUGAUUUUUAAAGGGGAUCAUACCAAUGUUAUGAUAACCUCCCCAUCAACAUAUGAUACAGUUGCUGUCUAGGCUAAAGCAGCUUCGUGUAAUUUUAGUCUAGAUUGUGUACAUUUCCAGACAGCCCACUGCUUUUGUGGCAGUUGAUGAACAGACAAAAUAGAAUAGUGAUACAUUUUGUUUGGCAGAUCUGUACAGUGACUUUUUGGAAAGGACCAAAUUGAACAAUAGAUUCCCAAAACUCUUAGGGACAAAUCCUGACUGGAGGUCCAUGCAUGUUAUUCAAACUUUUAAACAAAUAAUCAAAUAAUCUUACAUGAAUCAAUCUUACACCAUCACAGUAAUAGCUUGGCAUAAAUAAUGUUAUGUUAGCUCAACAAAGAAUUGUGAGUCAACUCAACAUCCCCCAUGUAUACAGUAGGGAGUCACACUACAACAUGGCUUUUUCAGAUUUCUGUUGAUGAAAAUGUGCCUUUUAUUUGUACCAAUGGUGUUUUUCUUCUUCAAAGUGCAAUAGCUGGAACUUCUUCAUGGGCAUGCCCUGCCAUUCAUUAGCGUGCGUCCCAUUGGCACCCUAAUCCUUAUAUAAAGCACUACUUUUGACCAGGGGGCCCUGGUUAAAAGUAUUGCACUACAGAGAAUAGGGUGCCAUUUGGGACGCAUUCUAAGAGUUGUGUUUCGCAGUACUGCUUGAGUGUUGCUGCUUGAGAUUCAACGUUUUUCUCUCUCUCUCUCUCUAGUUUCCAAAUUCUGAAUAUGAUGAGUCUUUUUGUCAGAAGGACCACAAAAACACAUUUUGGAACAAGUAAAAAAAAAUAAAAACAAAGAAAUGAGUCCAAACAAUGUUUACAGAUUUAGUCUUUGGUUGUAUGAGUUAUCAUCAUUCUGUAUGACUGUUGGCAAUAAAACCGUGAAUGUUC